UUAUCGUUUACCAAAGUAUAUUAAACUCUAUAAAAGAAUUCAUAGUAGUAAUCCUUUUAAAUAGCUAUCUUUCAAGUAUCUCAUGAUAAAUUUUAUAUACUGUUCCUUCUCAAGAUCACUUCAUUUAAAUAUGAUAGAGAGGGCAACCCUGGUGGCCCAAUGGUUUAGCGCUGCCUCCAGCCCAGGGUGUGAUCCUGGAGACCCAGGAUCAAGUCCUAUGUCAGGUUCCCUGCAUGGAGCCUGUUUCUCCCUCUGCCCCCCCCCUCUCUCUCUCAUGAAUAAAUCAAUAAAAUCUUUAUGAAUUAAAUAAGAAAGAAAAGGAAGGAAGAAAACUUGGGAUUUAGAUGAAGUUGUUUGGUAUCCCAAGUGUGCAUAUAGACACAGUUAUAAGCAUGAAAUAUCAUAUUAAAUACCAUAUGGAAUUUUUAAAAGAAUUAUUGUUCCUGCUUUCAAAGAAUAGACACAUUCUACCUUUCUGCAUAUUUUCCAAGUUGGUGUAAUUUAAGAUUAACAGGAGCUUUGUGGUGAAAAGGAAAUGACUUAGUGAAUCUGUCCAUGAGCUUCAUUCUUCCAGCCAGCACUGGGGUAUGCCAUCAGUCUUAGUUAGCACCCUUGGUGCUACAGUUAAAACUAGUUCAUUGUUGAGAGGGGCCAAGUUGAGUUGCUUGUGUAGACAUUAUUAUGUGUUCCAUAGAUGGACUACUUGUAGUUUUGGGCUCUCUCAUAAGGUGGGUACAGCAGAGACCUGCCAACAGGUGGUCUCACAGGUUUGAAGUCCAGUGGACAACUAGCCUAGAGUAUGGGUUCCAGGGGCAGCAGAUUUGUGCAUCGGGUGGGGACUUGAUCACAGUGUACAACACAGAUGUUAAUAGUUGAACCUCACCAAAAUCCCAGUAAGAUCCUCAGCAACUUAGGACCUUCUUGGCCGGUGAGCGAGGCUUGAGCAAGAUUGCAGAUGGGAUGAAAUGUCAGUAGUUGUGAAGCCUGGAAGAUUAUAAAGGCAGGGAACCAGAUUAAUCUUUGGGUUUUGGUUGUCCCAGAAGAUUGUAUCACAAAUGUUUCCUGCUUUAGGCACAAUUGUUACUAAUAGUGAAAGCUUGCCUUUUGCAAAAUGUUUUCAACAUUUAUCAAAAUGCUUUCACAAACAGGUAAUCUUGCCUUCACAGGAAACCUGAGGGUUGAAUGGGUAUUUGGCAGAUGAAAAAAAACGAGUCUAAUGGAUACUAAAUAACCUUAAGGUUACUUCUUGUUGGCUCUUGCUUUUUUCACUAUAUCAUGCUGCCAAUGCUUGAUUCCAUAUUUAUUUUUAUAUUUAGAAAGCAUAUAGUCCGUUUUCCAGCAGCUGUUGCUAUCUUUAGGGACUGCCAACAUUUUGUUGCCUUUUUUUUUUUAACCUCCUAAAUUGCAAGCAUAACUUUAGCUCAGUAUUGAAAAGUAAGCAAAAACAAAACACUAUUCCAUCACGGCUUAUCAGGUUAAGUUAAAAUUACUCUCCUCUGUGAUGGUCUGUCAGUAAUUCUUGGAAGUGAUACUGAUUUCCACAGUCUACCCUACCUUGUUUAAACCCCAGUUAACCUCACUCUGUAGCUGUUUAGAUAUUUUGUGGGAACCCAAAUACAAGUCCAGACAAGGAGUUCAGAGUUAGAGCAGUUAAACAAGAGUUGCCCCCGUUAUUAGUUGUCGACAUAGGAUUUGUUGGUGUAAACCGUAAGUGCCUGGUUUUUCCAACUUUUCAUUUUACCGGAGAGCCUCUUAUGUUUUUGAGCAGAUUACUCAUGGCCCUUAGGCAUUUUUUAUGUUCCUUCCUGUUACAGUUCCUUUCCAUUUCUCCCCAGAAAGUAUCCUAGAACUCUUCCUACAGGGUGCAGAAUAUAUGUUCAUGUUUUUCAUAUCUGUAAAUUUUGCAUAUUUUAAUUUUAAGUAGAUGAGAAAUAUGAAGGUAAAAAUGAGGGGUAAUUAACUGUGGAUGGAAAUUAGAAUGAGUGGAACAAAAUUAGGCGACCAGUCUGGAAAUCUGCAUUCUAGUCCAGACAUUGCACCACUGCUUAACCCUUCACAAAUCCCUUCUGGAUACCUAGUCAUCUUACCUAUGGAGAGAGUUACAUUAAAUGAUUUCUAGAGCCCCUUUCAAGUUCCAAACCUCAUUCACGUCCCCAAACUGAAUAUAUAAGAUUCUACCAAAUAAAGAGGGAUGUCAAGCGGACCUUCCAGUGGUGAAGAAGAUGAUCUAUGUGAGCCUAAAUUCUGUUGAUAAUCUUAUUAUUGGGAAUUGAAUGAAAGGAAAUAAAGAUGAUUGAACUUCCUGACAAUUGUAAAAAUCAUCCAAAACCCACAAUGACUGGCUAAUCUCUUAAAGUUGGUUCCUAAUCUUGCUCACUAUCAUAUGCCAGCCACCUAACACAGUGCAUGAUCAGUAUGUUGUAUUUUAAGUACAGGUUUUGCCUCUAUCUGAAAGUACAGCAUACCUGUGAAACCCUUUGUAAGCCAAAAAGGCAUAAAGAAGCAAGUACCAUUAAUUCGUUUGGAAAAAGUUUUGAGUGUCCCCGGAACCAAAAAAUGACUUCUCUCUGGCUUUUCUGAUAGAAUAGAACACAUCUUGCUAAUAGAUGCACAGAAUAAAUCAAGAUAAAGCACAGAUGUUCACAGAGUUCAAAGCUCUGAUGGCUUGAUGCUGAGUGUAGUUCCCAGGGAAGAAUUUUGAUGGGGCCACUUUUCUCAGGAUGUGUGCUGCCUCUGUAAUGGCUCACUGCAAAACAUGCUGAAUGCUAUUUUUGCUUUUUACCUUUUUUCAUAAAAGCAAAAAUUCUUUGGAUUUCCUUUAGCUAGUCAAAAUAGAUAUUAAUGUAGGUCUUCGUAAAAGCAAAGUACAAAAUGUGGACUUUCAAAAAGUGAGAGAUACAUGUAUAUACUUCCAUAAAAGAUUGAUGGGCUUCUUGACCAAUUUACUUCAUUAGGACAGAUUAACCAUGUCUUAUAACAACUUUAAAAUUCAGGAGGCAAAAAAAAAAAAUUCAGGAGGCAUAAGAAUAAAUGAUACUGGGACACCUGGGUGGCUCAACGGUUGAGCAUCUGCCUUUGACUCAGGGUGUGGUCCUGGAGUCCCAUAUAGGGCUCCCCUCGUAGAGCCUGCUUCUCCCUCUGCCUCUGUCUCUCUGUCUCUCUCAUGAAUAAAUAAAUAAAAUCGUAAAGAAUAAAUGAUACAAUGCUAGUUGAAAUUUUGGAGGCAAGAUAUGAAAGUACAUUUGGAGCUGGUAUCCUUUAUCCACCCUUCAGCUUAAUGGGUGAUGUUUUUGGGUUGCAGAUUCAAUAGAUUGGAGUUUUAACUCCAAAUUUAAUUUCUCAGGGGGAAAAGAAGCCAUAAUUUGUGUUUAAAGAAGUGGACUAUAGAUAUGAAAGCAGAGAGGAAAGUGACAUAUAAAUAUUUUGUAUAAUCAAAUCAAUUAAAAAUUUUUAUAACAUUUUAUUGUGUUCGGUCUGGGUCAUGGAUUGCUCUGAAUGAUGGAUGAUAACUGUGGCUCCUUUUUCCAGGAAAAUAAAUGUACACUCCCAGUUGUUCAUUCCAUUUGUUGAUGCAGCUAUUGCUUUCUUCCCCUUAGUCCAAGUUCUUGAUAAAAGAGAGCCCUGGAAUGUUAAAUUCUGAAAGCUAUUAGAAAUCAUCUAGACCAGUAUCACUUAAACUGUGUUAUGAAAGCAAUAAAAUGAAUUAAGAUCAACAUUAAAAAUAAAAGAGAAAAAUCAGAUCGAAAAUAUCUAUACUAUCCUAAUAAGCUAAGCGUUUUCUGUAAACUAUCUUUCCAUUUGUGCGUGAAUAUGUGCUAAUACUGAGUCCAAAUAUAUAAUGCAUUUCUGACUGAGGAUUGAAGGUAAAGAUGGAGAAACAGUCAUCUAGAGAACCUCUUCAUAUUAUUGCUGAGAACUUGAGGCCCUUAAAAGCUAAAUGAUUUAUCAGACUCCCCUCCCCUCCAACACACACACACUUCAAUUUUUUGUGGCCGAAUGGGGACUGAACCACAUUAUGUGAUUGCUAGUUUUGCUGUACCAGAAUAUAUAUUUUUUGAAAGAAAUCUGAGUAGAUUAUUUGAAAAUAUUAAAUGCUUAAUUUAUUUCAACUUGGCAUUCCUUAAUCUUUUAUUUUUUCCCACAAACGUGAUCUCUGUUGUCCUAUAAAAUAAUCUGAGCAUGAGCUUCUUUUCCAGAGAGUCGAAAAAUAUUUUGAGGCCUCUUAGUUGGCUGUCCACACACGUGAAUCCUAGAAUUUUGACAUUUAGGGCCUAAUCAGAAGGCCCUAAUUUUAUAAUAAGAUAUGAAGAUUAAGUUUUAUGAUCAAACCAAGUUAAAUCAUUUUAAAUUUUUUUAACAUUCACUUGAUAAUUGAAUGCGAAACAUGGCUCCAGAUGUUGAUACUGGAUCAUUGGGAGACCCCGUAAUCUUCCUUAUUUUAAUCUCAUAUGAGGUUUUCUCAAACUUGAAUGUCCUACAGAUUACCUAGAGGGUCCUGUUAAAAUGCAUUUCUGAUCCAGAAUCUGGAUGAGAUUCUGGAUUUCCGGCAGGCUCCCAGGAGGUUCCGCUGCUGCUGUUGAGGCUGCUCCAUGGACCACACUUUGAUGAGCAAGGACUUGGUGUUACUUUUUAAACUGUGGUAGGAAAACGAAGCUCUUAAGAAGCUUUCUAUGUCAUGAUUUUACUAACAUUUUCAUGCUUUUCAAUUUGAUUAUAAAAGUUAAAAUGCCAUUUAAUUUUUGUAUUUCAGAACAUUUUUUUUGUAUUAACAUUUCUUUAAAACAGCCAUACUCCUCAGUCCCACAUUUCUUGAGUGACAAUGACCCUCUUUGCAGUAUUAUUCUAGGGGAUUCAGAUUGAGCAGUGCUUCAUGUAAUUAGUAUAUUCAAGCUUUUCCACAAAACUUAAUUUUCCAAAUACCUAAAACCUUUAAUAUCAGAAAGAACAUUUUCUAAAAUAUUAUAUGAUUUUCUUAAGCUGUUGCGCACACUUUUUAUUUUAGUGGUGUAAGAGCAGUGUUCAAGCCUUUCUUGGUAAAAGGUGUUGAACUGCAUAUGAAAUGAAUAAAAACCACAAAGCCUUCUAAGGAGCUUAUAUCUACUUUUAUCUUGUAUCUGCUUUUUAUGCUUGUUCUAUUUUGUCUGUCCAGUUGACAAUUAUUAGUAUGUCUGUCUCAAAGCAGCUUAUUCUUUCCAUUCUAAUUGGUCACUAUCUUCACCUGAAAGCCAGGUCUAAUCCUGGUUAGAAGGACCUCCCUAUCAGUGGGGGCUUUCCAAGGAGUUGGUGUCAGGAAGCUCAGUAGCAGUUAAACAGAAGAAAAAUCUUUUGGUUUUAACCAUAUCCUGGGUAGUUAGGUCAAAUGGGAACAGAUUUGUUUCUUCAUACCUUUCACCACAUGCUUUUAAAAACUAGUCUCUAGAUCUCUCUCUGUGAUGUGUGACUUGAGAGGGUGUGUGUGUGUGUAGGGGGGUGGGUAGCCCUGUGAUUGGGGACACAGUAAUUAUAAGUAAGAGCACUCAGGGUCCAUCUAAAAUGGGGAUGAAUAGCCUCGUGGUAAAGACCAUUGGUUCUCUUCUAUACACAGUCUAUCUUGUACUGGCUUUGCAGUUUUAAGAGUAAUAAUGAUGACAAUAAAGAGGAUAUUCCUAAAAAAAAAAAAAAAAGAGGAUAUUCCUUGGUUCAGUCUCAUGAUUUAGGGCCUCAGGGAUUAAAAGUUUGGUUUCGGUUUGUUCUCUGAGUAGAUUAUUAGUUACAAUGACCAUCAUAGUGCAUUCGUUCAGCCCUUACUGUGUCAGGGACUCAUUAUUCAGAUGAAUGCUGUGCAACAAGCAGGGCCGUGGCCGAGAAGAUUGAGCCAGGAGUGGGGGUUAGCAAAUGGCUGCUGCACCUGGAACAGAUGAGAGUAAUCCAGAUAGAUGGGGUGGGAUUAAAUUUCCUCAUUAGUCCCUCUCUAGAAAUAAAUAUAUGUGGAACCUGUAGCAGGGUUUGUUUUUUCUUGCUCAACAAAGCUAGAGUUUGUUGUGGGAUUCACAUCCAUGAAAACCACAUACGUAGUAGUUUAUAUUCUUCUGAUUCAAAGCAGAGAGAACCUGUUUGCAUUUUAAUUAGGCAGCAUCAGAACAUUUAUCAUUUUGAAUAGCCUUUUUACUGGGUUUGUGUUAGAAGUUGUGGAUUAUAUUCUUUAAAAUUAUUACAAGUUAAAUAAAGCCAUAACAUUGAGGCCGGAUUUUGAGAUCCUGCGCAGGGCCCAUCUGAUGUAUUUUUAGUGAAUUAUAACCUUUAAAUACUGAUUAAAGGUUACAGAUUUGUUUCAUUUGAAUCUUAUUUUCAUAUCUAAAAUUUGUCUGUUUCAGUACAGCUAAACCUAGUGGUAUAAUCUUAGUCAAAUUUAAAAGUAUUUUCUGAUCUGGGACUCCUGUCAAAGAUCAACAUAGGAACUAGAAAAUGUUAGGAGGUAAAAUGAACACAUGACCUCAUCUCUCUUAUUUUACACUAGACUAUAACUUGCGUUCAAAGAGACUGGAAAAAGAAAAACAACAUUCCUUUCCAUUAAGCUGUCAUAAAUGUGUUGUUGAGUAUGGUUUUGCUAUUAAUAAUCCCUUUUAGCUGGAAGAAUGGAGGAUUUUGUUUGAAGUAUCUGAAACUAAAUGCUGCUGGGAUAAAGAUUUUACUAGAAACACAGAGUAGUUACCAGUCCCUACCCUUUGUUAAUUGAUCCUGCUUGUUUAACUGGGGAAAUAAAAAUGUACAUCUACUGCAGAGAAAUCUGUGGGCACAAACUAUUCCUUUCCUGUUUGCAGAUGUAUUUCAUAGGUUGUUUUUCUUACCUAAAUAUACAAUAAUACAGGAGACAACAGAAUGCAACUACUGUUCCUUUAAUACCAGAGCUAUGCACGUUACAAUAGGUGUCACUGUUUUGCUUGGUCCAAUCAUGAUUGGUGACUUCAGCUAUUGGCUCCCAGCACUGGCUGUCUGACUCCAUCUGCAGGGCUGUAAUACCUACUCUCCUCCGAUCCAUUCACCAUACAACUUCAGCCGGCUGAACAGACUCGCACGGCUCCAGCACAUCUUGCUAACCUAAUUCAGAAAACAAGUGCUACGUCUCUCUCUGCCUGUCAUCUGUGCUCAGCGUAGCAUUUUCAGGUGAUCUAGGAAACUGGGUUAUUUUUAUGAGCACAUAAGAGCAAUAGGAAUCAUGAUGGAGAUGUAUUUAGCAGACCCAGUACUGGAUAAAACUUAAAGCCAGUUUCUAUUGAACAUAGUGAAAAGGUCACCUUGUCCGGCUGAGAGAAGAAGCAAAAUAGCAGCUUGUUGGUUUCUGUUAACAUCUUGGCUCAUGCUAGCCUCUUUUCUUUGAUGUUUGCACCAAUUUGGGAUAUCUAGCUAUAAAGAAAGACAUACUGUACUCAUGGUAGAUGACAAGGAAAAGAACAUGAAAUGUCUCACCUUCUUCUUGAUGCUUCCAGAGACGGUAAAGAAUAGGUCCAAGAAAAGCUCGAAGACAAAUACCAGCAGCAGCAACAGCGGCAGCAGCAGCAAGUUGCCCCCAGUUUGUUAUGAAAUAAUUACCUUGAAGACUAAAAAGAAGAAGAAGAUGGCUGCUGAUAUAUUCCCUCGUAAAAAACCAGCCAACUCCAGCAGCACCACUGUCCAGCAGUACCACCAGCAGAAUCUCAGUAAUAACAACCUUAUUCCGGCCCCAAACUGGCAGGGUCUUUAUCCUACCAUUCGAGAAAGAAAUGCAGUGAUGUUCAAUAAUGAUUUGAUGGCAGAUGUACAUUUUGUGGUUGGGCCACCAGGUGGGACUCAGCGGUUGCCAGGACACAAAUAUGUUUUAGCUGUUGGGAGCUCUGUGUUCCAUGCAAUGUUUUAUGGAGAACUUGCUGAGGACAAAGAUGAAAUCCGUAUACCAGAUGUCGAACCUGCUGCUUUUCUCGCUAUGCUGAAAUAUAUCUAUUGUGAUGAAAUUGACUUGGCUGCUGACACAGUGCUGGCCACUCUUUAUGCUGCCAAAAAGUACAUUGUCCCUCACCUCGCCCGAGCCUGCGUUAAUUUCCUGGAGACCAGCCUGAGCGCCAAGAACGCCUGUGUACUCCUCUCCCAGAGCUGCCUGUUUGAGGAGCCAGACCUGACCCAGCGUUGCUGGGAGGUGAUCGAUGCCCAGGCUGAGUUAGCUCUCAAGUCUGAGGGAUUCUGCGAUAUCGACUUCCAGACUCUAGAAAGUAUCCUCCGCAGGGAAACUCUGAAUGCCAAAGAAAUUGUGGUUUUUGAGGCAGCUCUCAACUGGGCUGAAGUGGAAUGCCAGCGACAAGAUCUAGCUUUGAGCAUUGAAAAUAAACGCAAGGUCCUUGGAAAGGCACUUUACUUAAUCCGCAUACCCACAAUGGCCCUGGAUGAUUUUGCAAAUGGUGCUGCCCAGUCAGGAGUUUUAACUCUCAAUGAGACCAAUGACAUUUUCCUCUGGUACACUGCAGCCAAAAAGCCCGAGUUGCAGUUUGUAAGUAAAGCCCGCAAGGGCCUCGUCCCCCAGCGCUGUCACCGUUUCCAAUCAUGUGCCUAUCGUAGCAACCAGUGGCGUUACCGGGGCCGCUGUGACAGCAUCCAGUUCGCAGUUGAUAAGAGAGUGUUCAUUGCUGGCUUUGGGCUGUAUGGCUCCAGCUGUGGUUCUGCAGAGUAUAGCGCCAAGAUUGAACUCAAGCGGCAGGGCGUUGUUCUGGGGCAGAACUUGAGCAAGUACUUCUCAGAUGGCUCCAGCAAUACUUUCCCCGUGUGGUUUGAGUACCCAGUGCAGAUUGAACCAGACACCUUCUACACAGCCAGCGUGAUACUGGAUGGAAAUGAACUCAGCUACUUUGGACAAGAAGGCAUGACGGAAGUUCAGUGUGGCAAGGUGACUGUCCAGUUUCAGUGCUCCUCAGAUAGUACCAAUGGCACUGGGGUGCAAGGAGGGCAGAUCCCUGAACUCAUAUUCUAUGCUUGAAAACACCUCCCAAAGCAGUGUGAGCUCUGAGGUGCGCAUCUGGUUCCUACUUGCUUAUACUUAGCUCAUCUGCAGAUCAGCGCAGGUAAUUCGUAAUGAAUGAAGCUGUAGGCAGUUUCUUAAUUUCUUUCAAACUUUUAAUUAUGUAUAGGCAAAAAUGCAGCAUUCAGCUUUUAACUAUAUGCUUAAAAGAGCCAAGUUCUUAUUAAGGCUUUGUGGUUUUUAGAGUUGCAUCUAUACACCCGAGGAGAAUUUGUGCUCUUUUCCAACUGCUCCAUUGACCUCCCAGUUUUGUGUCUCUCAGAAUUUCUGGGGCUUUAUUUUGACAAUAGAAAUAAAUAUUCUAAAAUAAUAAUGAGUUAUUUUUAAAGAGAACUUCCCCCCUCUCCCCAAAUUACAUGUAAACCUCAGUGUACAAUUUUGAAAGAAGCUUUGCUUCGUAAUAAAUAAUAAUGUAGAAAGUAGGCGAUAGUUUUGUUUAGCUCUUGUUUCAUUUUAAGUAUUUUACUCUGGGCAUUAUUUUUUCUUAAAUCCAAAAUUCAUAAGAUUGUUAAAUGUUAAACACUGCAAAGUAUCAAUGUAAAAUAGGAAAUUGGGUGUUUGCUUAGGCCAGGACUUCUACUACAAGCAGGUUUUUAUCUUUUUAGUUUAGAAGGCAAACUAUUGCAGUACAGACACUUCUUUUGGAACUAAAUUACACAUUUUUAUUAUCAUUGGGGAAAAUCACAAGCCUAUUAAUUUAAAAUAAAACAGCUUAGAAAGGAAACCUAAAGAAGUCCCAUUCUACAAAUAGUCUAUUUGAUGGCAUGAUAGAACACACCAUUUGAAAAAGCCAGUCUUCUCCCCACUUUGCUUCUGAUCCCCACUAUUUGCUUGUUUUUAUAAGUCAUACUUUAUAGAAUUCUUAUGCCCUUUUUCCCAUGAAAAGAGGACCAAACAAUUCUUCAGAUUUGUAGAGUAACAAUUAGUUUUGUAGCACUACAUGUUAAUGUAAUAAGAUACUUUUAUUCUUUGAUUUUUCUUUUUUCUUUUUAAUCCAAAAUACACUUUACCUGAUCUACUUUGACCACAUACUAUCUUCUUAGUUAUAAUUAUGUCCUGUUCCUAGACUGCUAGAAUUUGGUCUUUGGCUAUCUUAAAGUGCCAAUAUAUGCCUGCAGGGUUUUUUAAAAUAAGUCUGGAGCGAUACAUUUGAUUGUACCUGAUACUCACUGCAUCAGCAUCACAUCCGGCCCUCUUAUUUUUACAUGGCUAAUGUAAACAAAGGAGGGAAAAGCUCAUCCAAAAAUUCUCCUUCAGUGAUGGCUUGUGAUGGUUUAGUGCCUGUGACCCUGGUAGUGUCCAAUGUGUUCACUGCCAGUUGAAGUAUCCAUGUCUUUCUGGGCAGCUUUUCUGCUCAGUGUGAUCCUGAGAUGGCUUCCCCCACCACCCAGAGUGUGGUCCCUGGCCGCCUCCUUCUCCUGCUCUGCGAGUCCCAAGCUGGCUUGUCUGGAGCCAGGGGUUAGUCCUGGGGUG